CACUACCACAAUCAGAACAGCGGCAAAACUUGCCUAAAGACGGAAAGGCAUGCCGAAGGGCGCGCGUACAGCCUCACAAGAGUGUUCUGUGACUGGGCUCUCAGGAACGGAAGAAGGGCAUGCUCUAUCGUAUUCGAUUGAGCCUUGUUCUUGACUACAUAAUCCCUUGUUCGAUCUGAUGUCGACGCUAUCUAUCCAUCAGGCUGCGUCUCAGAACCAGACGUCACUGGUUCGAUCGCUUUUAAUUGCCGCGCCGACGCUCUUGAACGCGAAGGAUGCCAAGGCCGAUGUCAACGCACGCGAUUCUAUGGGAUGGACACCCCUCAUAAUUUCAGGACACGAGCCAAUAGUCAUUGAACUCGUCGCAGCUGGUGCCGACGUGAAAGCCGCAAACGACAACAAUAUCACUCCCCUGCACUAUGCAGCUUCCAAGGGGCGGGUUGAGAUCGGGAAGCUCCUUAUUGAGCGAGGAGCGGAUAUUAACGCGCGAGACAAGGCGAAUCAGCUCCCACUUUCGGCAACUAAUUCAUUGAUCCUGUAGGCACCGGGCGGCGACUACAAAUUCAUCGUCUUUCAUUAAUCUCCUCCUUCAUCCUCCUGAGGAACUCAAGCUUCCGAAGACAAGACUGAAUACUGCAGAUCGAGUUGGUGCGUAACA